AUGACAAAGCAAGAUGAUCCUGAACAAAAUGCAAACACUUCCUUUUUUCCUCCUUGUGGUAUGAAUGAUAACUUUUUCCCCGGUUGUGCUACAUAUAUUAGCUUGUUGUAUAAGUUUCCACUUCAAAGACAUGCAAAGUGCCGCUUUGUGGGAAUUGACAUAUUUAAUGGGAAGAAGCUUGAGGAUAUCGUUCCUUCAUCCCACAACUAUGAUGUUCCUCAUGUUUCUCGCACUGAUUAUCAGUUGAUUGAUAUCUCUGAAGAUGGUUUUGUGAGUCUUUUAAUGGAUAAUGGAGACACCAAGGAUGAUCUGAGGCUUCCCACUGAUGACAAUCUGCUCGGCCAGAUAAAAGAUGGGUUUGGUGAAGGAAUGGACUUGGUGCUGAGCGUUAUGUCUGCAAUGGGGGAGGAGCAGAUCUGUGCACUUAAGGACAUUGGCCCAAAAAACUAA